AUGUAUACUAACCCCGUAAUAUGCGCUCGUUUACUUAUUAAUAAUCGCCGUGUCUGGAUACCAUGUAUGAUUAUCUUCUGUCUAUGUGCUAUCAUUAUUGCUAUGCAACAAUCAGACAAAGUAGAAACCCCUAUUUCUACUCAAAUCUUACAAGAAUUUCCAUAUUCAUCGUCACAUUCAGUGAGUUAUGAUGAGGUAAAAUUGCUACUUGAUCAAUUAUUUGAUUCUGAAACUUCACUUAUUGAUAUACAAUCCAUAUGGAAUAAACUUAUGGAAAUUUGGCGACAAAUUUUAACAAAAUUUGUUCGUGAUGCUUGUGAAUUAUGUCAUCAAAAUGAUUCUUAUUGUUAUGAAUCAAUUGAUAUAGAUCGUUAUAUUUAUUAUAUUAAUGGCUCAUUUUAUCCAAUAAAUGAAAUAAAACGUCCAGUUGGUAUGGGUAUUUAUUAUUAUUUUGAUUUAAAAACAUUGCGCUCAGUUAAUAAUUCCAUAUUACCAACAGAUGUUUCACAAUGUGAUUAUUUUCAUAUGAUACAAUUAAUGAUGAAUGUUCAAAUUAUAUUACAUCAAUCACAAAUUAAAUAUUUUCUUACUAAAGGUACACUUAUUGGUGUCCUUCGUCAUCAUGAUGUUAUACCAUGGGAUACAGAUAUUGAUUUAUUUAUUCCAUCAUCUGCUACACAAAAAAUACUUAGAUCAUUUCGUCAAUUAGAUACAUCAUCAACUAAAGCUUCAUUGAAAACAACAGCAGCAACAGCAACAGCAACAGCAGCAACAACAACAACGGAAAGUAGUACAGCAAGAGCAGCUAAAGAUCGACCAUCUUUUCAUAAUGAUUUAAUUGUUUAUCGUUUUAAAAAUAUUCAUAGAGUAACAUCAUAUAAGAUCUUUUCUCUGCGUUCACCUGUUGUUAAUCGAACUAAUUAUCGUUGGCCAAAAAUUGAUAUAUUUCCAUAUGAAGAAAAUUCAACACAUAUAUAUGCAUAUCCAAAACACCACCAUAAUCUUGGUACAAUGAAUUAUAUAGCUAAAAGCAAUGUUGAGCCUAUUUAUUUACGUAUAUUAGGUCCAUUACUUGUACCUAGUCCACGUGAUCUUCGUUUAUCACUAAAAGCAAUGAUUAAAUUAGGUCGUUCAAAUGUAUUUUAUGCUUGUGAAGGAAAUACAUUUUUACAUCGAUAUAAUCGUGGUCCAACAGA